UGAAAAUGAGGCCCUGAAUCAGUCUCCAACCAUUGUCAGAGCUUCUGUGUGUGCUGAGUAUAAGAUGUGGUGUGUGUCAGCGGUGUCCUGGUGUCUGUUCUUCUAGGAUCUGUUUUGAAGCUGUGACGGACACCUUUCAUUAAGGACUGAGAAGAUGGUGCAGACGGCUGUUACCCACUGUUUCUACGCUGCUCGGACCUGGUGACAGAGAGAGACAGAGAGACAAAGAGAGACAGAGAGAAAGGAGAGAGAAAGGAAAGAGACAGGAGAGAGAAAUGAAGUGAAAGGAGAGAGACAGAGACAGAGAGAAAGGAGAAAGAGACAGAGAGAGAGAGACAGAGAGAAAGGAGAGAGAAAGGAAAGAGACAGAGAGACAGGAGAGAGAAACGAAGUGAAAGGAGAGAGAGACAGAGAGGGAGAGAGAGAGACAGAGAGAAAGGAGAGAAACAGAGAGGAAGGAGAGAGACAGAGAGAAAGGAGAGAGAGAGACAGAGAACAGGGAGAGAGAAUAGAUCAGAGAUAGAACAGAGGACCAGCUGCGUGGACCUUCAUAUGGAGUCUACAACAGAGGGAGGAGGAGGAGGAGGAGGAGGAAGAGGAGGAGGAGGAGGAGGGCUGAGGGAGCUGGUUCUACAGUGGUUUACAGAGACCCAGGCCCCUCUCAUUCUCCUCCAUAAAGGAAACUUUCCCGACUGGUUCCAAGGCUUCACCGCCAGAAAGGAAGCAGAGGAGCAGCUGAGAGAUAAGCCUCUGGGAUGUUUUCUCAUCAGACUCAGUGACAAAGCCAUCGGAUACAUCCUCUCAUACAAAGGACAAGACCGCUGCCGCCAUUUUGUGAUCAACCAGGACCAAGCUGGGCUGUUCAUUAUCUCCGGGGACGACCAGCCUCACCACAGCCUCACAGAACUGAUAGAGCACUACAGAGUCCAUCCCAUCCAGCCCUUUGGAGAGUCCCUCACCUCUACAUACUGUUGUCAGUCAAGCUCAGGAGAGCUGUAUGAUGUGGUCCAGUUUGAGGCCAAAGAGAAGACCGGUGGGGUCAAUGUCCGAGCCCUGAGAAGUUACUGGGACCAGCAGAACGAACAGAAGAAUGACCAACACCAACAGAAUGACCUUCAAAAAGACCCACGGAAUGACCCACGGAAUGACCCACGGAAUGAGCAGCACCAAUGGAAUGACCUGCCGCCAACUAGGCAGCCCCCUGCAGUGCCACCCGUGCUGCCACCCAAAACCAACAACAGGAAGUUGACAUCAACAGCAUCCAUUGGCAGGAAGUCCCUCCCACAGCAAGCAGUACCUCCAGUACCAAGGCGAGGCCCACCUCUGACCCACUCUCUGAGUGGAACCUUGUCUGAAAUACACCAUGACCAAACCAAGACCAAAUCUCACGGUCAAACCCAAUACGCAGAAAUACAUUCUAACCACAACAAGACCAAAUCUCACAGUCAAACCCAAUACGCAGAAAUACAUACUAACCAGAACAAGACCAAAUCUCACAGUCAAACCCAAUACGCAGAAAUACAUACAAACCAAACCAAGACCAAAUCUCACAGUCAAACCCAAUACGCAGAAAUACAUACUAACCAGAACAAGACCAAAUCUCACAGUCAAACCCAAUACGCAGAAAUACAUACUAACCAGAACAAGACCAAAUCUCACAGUCAAACCCAAUACGCAGAAAUACAUACUAACCAGAACAAAGUGGAGAGACUGGCCAGUACUGGGAGUCUGAACCAGAGGAGAAGCACCGGCCCCUGGUCCUUCAAUAACACCUCCACAGCAGCAGGAGGAGUCAUGUACUCUGAGCUGACCCUGCCAGAUGGACGGAGCCGCUCUCUACCCCGCCUGGACGACACCACGGAGGAGGAGGAGGAGGAGGAGGAGGGGUACUCCAACAGGAUAACCAUCCCCUGCUUCCCCCACAUCUCUCACUCCCCCAAUCCCCCCAAGAGGGUCACCUGCCACGCCUACUCUCUUCAGGACCCCAGGGAAAGCCCCCAGCCACAGAUCCACAGUGAACCACACAGCCUGGAUCAGCUGAGCACCAAUCCACUGUACCAGGCCUCUGUGGGGCUUGGUGAGGGCCAGGACACCCCCUGGAAGGGACUACAGAAGCAGAGAGAAGGGGACCGUGGCAGGAGCCCUAACCCCCAGGACCAGACUCCCCAGCAGGAGGAGAGUAUGUAUGCAGAGGUUCCAGAGGGGCCAUCUCCUCCCAGUCAUCUGAUUACAGACAACACCUAUGAGCAGAUCCCAGGGGAUGGUGGCCUGAAGGGGACACAAAGCACCGCCACAGACCAGGAGGGAAACACCUAUGAGAUGCUGGAGGGCCUGAAAUCCAAGGAGUCUACUUGGGGCAAAAAGAAUAUCACAUGGAGAAAAUUAUUCCCUGAAUACAAGAAGAAAUAGCAGCACCAUGCAGAUUCAGCAACAAACCAACCAGCACCCUGCAGAUUCAGCAACAAACCAACCAGCACCCUGCAGAUUCAGCAACAAACCAACCAGCACCCUGCAGAUUCAACAACAAACCAACCAGCACCCUGCAGAUUCAGCAACAAACCAACCAGCACCCUGCAGAUUCAGCAACAAACCAACCAGCACCCUGCAGAUUCAGCAACAAACCUACCAGCAGGAAGACAAUUAUUUGAUCAAUGUUAUUGUAUUUAGGAAAUGUGUGGACUUGUUUUCUCUGUGUUAAAUGUGUUUUAUUAGCAAAUAUAAAUGAAAUGCAUUUUUCCUUAUCUCCACAUUAUUUGUACUUGGAAAUUGAAACUCAAGCUGUAUCGAGCAGAGAGAGAGAGAGAGAGAGAGAGAGAGAGAGAGAGAGAGAGAGAGAGAGAGAGAGAGAGAGAGAGA